UGUUUUAAUAAGAGGUGCUCCGUUCUUCUAUCCAUUAGAAAUACAAGAUAAUGGAAACAUAUUUCGUGUGUUAGACAUAUAUGGGAAUGGAUUGUAAAGUGUCAUCCUUCUCCUUGCCUUCUUCGCUCAGUUCCAUUCAACAUUUUUGAUGCUCAUGUCUGAAUGUUUGAUUCUUGGAACUGUUGAAGUUGGCCGAGGGCUAGAGAGGUGAUGUGUGAAGGAAGUAGUGAGUUUUUUCCUGUAUCUCUUCAUGCUUUUUAGAUUAGGCUUCAUCGUUGCUGCCUCUGUUGCUGCAUAUGCAGUAAAGCAGACUAAUUGUCCAAAGCCAUCUCAGCUAAAGCCUUCAGAGAAUGGCAAGGCAAAGCCUGAGCAGGAAUUGCUUGAGAAGUUACAGACAGAAUGGGAAGGAGAUGCUAGCUUUUGUCAACAAAAGGAAGAGGAAAAAGAAGAAGAGCAAGUUAAGACGAUUAGCAGUGUAAUAAAUGCACCUCAGAGCAACUUAAUUCCUGCGGACUUCGAAGAUGAUGAGGAUAUGCUGCCCGAGUUUGAGAGCCUUUUUUGUGGCGAGUUAGCGGUUCCAGCAUCCACUGACAAGUAUGAUAUCAUGCCUACUUUAGAGUACGAUAUUGAGAUGGCAAACAACGCUUCUGAACUGGAGAGACUGCGAAACUUGGUGAUGGAAUUGGAAGAGCGUGAAGUGAAACUGGAAGGCGAGUUAUUGGAGUACUAUGGUUUAAAAGAGCAGGAAUCAGACAUUACGGAAUUGCAAAAGCAGUUGAAAAUUAAGAAUAUAGAGAUCGAGAUGCUCAACGUCACUAUUAACUCUUUACAGGCUGAGAGGAAGAAGCAUCAGGAGGAGAUUGCACAGGGAAAUACAGCCAAGAAGGAACUUGAGGUUGCUAGGAACAAGCUUAGGGAAUUGCAAAGGCAAAUCCAGAUUGAUGCUAACCAAACUAAAGGGCAACUGCUGUUGCUAAAGCAGCAGGUUACCAGUCUCCAAUCAAAGGAGGAGGAGGCCUCAAAAAAAGAUGCUGAAGUGGAGAAGAACCUCAAAGCUCUUAAAGAGCUAGAGGUCGAAGUAGUGGAGCUGAGGAGGAAGAACAAAGAGCUUCAGCUUGAGAAGAGGGAGCUUAUUGUGAAGUUGGACGCUGCUGAAGCUAGAGCAGCAACAAUAUCGAAUGUUACAGAGAGUGAGAUAGUUGCGAAGGAAAGGGAAGUGGCCAAUAGUUUGCGGCAUGCCAAUGAAGACCUUAUCAAGCAAGUGGAAGGUCUACAAAUUAACAGAUUCAGUGAAGUAGAGGAAUUGGUUUACCUCCGUUGGGUCAAUGCCUGCUUGAGAUAUGAACUAAGGAAUUAUCAAAAACCAGCUGGCAAGACAUCGGCUCGUGAUCUCAGCAAGAGCUUGAGUCCGAAGUCCCAGGAGAGGGCUAAGAGGCUGAUGCUAGAGUAUGCAGGAUCUGAACGGGGUCAGGGAGAUACGGAUCUGGAAAGUAUAUCGUCAAUGCCUUCAUCUCCUGGAAGUGAAGACUUUGACAACGUUUCUAUAGAUAGCUCUUCAAGCAGAUUCAGUUCUAUAAGUAAAAAGGCAAGCCUUAUGCAAAAGAUGAAGAGAUGGGGCAAGAGCAAGGAUGACAAUGUUUUGGCCUCGCCAACUCGGUCUCUAGGGGCCGCUUCGCCAAUGCGGACCAGUACGACCUACAGAUCACCUGCUCCCAGGGGCCCAUUGGAAGUUCUUAUGCUAAGAAAUGCUGGAAAUGGCCACGCCAUUACUACAUAUGGGAAAAAUGAUGAAGACCCAACUGAACUCUUGAAGCAGCAUAGCCUGCCACCAAUUAUUACACGUGCUGAUUCAAAUGACUCAUUAAAUAGUGUUGCUGCUUCGUUUCAGCUAAUGUCAAAGACAGUUGAAGGUGAGGUUGAUGAGAAAUACCCUGCUUUUAAGGAUCGCCACAAGCUAGCAAUGGAGCGGGAGAAAACUAUCAAGGAGAAAGUUGAUCAAGCACGAGCAGAGCGAUUUGGUGGAGGUUCAGCUAGUUUUAGUUCAAAUUAUGAAUUCAGAAAUAUGGGAAACAAGGAGAAACCUGUUAAAUUGCCACCUAAGCUAGCUCAGAUAAAGGAGAAAGUUGGUGGAGCGGUUGGAGCAAGUGAAUCUGGUGAGACUGAUGAAAGCAAGAUUGCUAGUCCAGUUGUUAGCAAGAUGAAACUGGCAGAGAUUGAGAAGAGGCCGCCAAGAAUUCCUAGGCCACCGCCAUCAUCAACGGGCACUACUUCUAGUAUUGAUAACAAAACUGUCAACACAUCUGUUGCUGCUCCACCCCCACCACCGCCACUUCCACCUUUACCACCUGGUGCACCUCCGCCACCACCACUGCCACUAGGUGGACCACCGAGGCCUCCUCCCCCUCCAGGAAGCCUAUCUAAAGGUACAAUUGGUGGAGAUAAAGUUCAUAGGGCCCCUGAGCUGGUGGAGUUCUACCAGUCUUUGAUGAAGCGCGAAGCCAAGAAGGAGAUCACAUCGGUUCCUUCCACAACCUCCAGUACACUAGAUGCGAGAAGUAACAUGAUUGGAGAGAUCGCCAACAGAUCGACAUUCCUUUUAGCUGUCAAAGCUGAUGUGGAGACCCAAGGUGAUUUUGUCCAGUCAUUAGCCGCCGAGGUUCGGGCAGCUUCCUUCACAAAUAUCCAAGAUCUCGUUGCCUUUGUGAACUGGCUGGAUGAAGAGCUCUCAUUUUUGGUUGAUGAAAGAGCAGUACUUAAACACUUCGAUUGGCCUGAGGGAAAAGCCGAUGCUUUAAGAGAGGCAGCUUUCGAGUACCAAGACCUGAUGAAGCUGGAGAUGCAGGUGUCAUCUUUUGUUGAUGAUCCUAAAGUUCCUUGUGAAGCUGCUCUUAAGAAAAUGUAUUCUCUGCUUGAAAAAGUGGAGCAAAGUGUCUAUGCACUUCUACGUACUCGUGAUAUGGCUAUAUCACGUUACAGGGAAUUUGGAAUUCCAACUGAUUGGUUGUCUGACUCUGGUGUUGUUGGAAAGGUCAAACUUGCAUCUGUUCAACUUGCAAAGAAGUACAUGAAGAGGGUAGCUUCACAGCUUGAUGCUUUGAAUGGUACUGAGAAAGAACCAAACAGGGAAUUUUUGCUCUUGCAAGGCGUUCGAUUUGCCUUCCGAGUUCAUCAGUUUGCCGGAGGAUUUGAUUCAGAGAGCAUGCAAGCUUUCGAAGAAUUAAGAGGUCGAGUAAACAAGCAAACAAUUGAGGCUAAUACGUAGAUUGAUUUGCUUUUGUACACAAGCCCUUGUAAGGGGAAUAAAAUAGUGAGUUAGAUGAAACUUAAGUGUUUGGAAGGUUUGUAAAUUCCUUAAACCGGUUUCUCUAAUCCAUUAAAAUUAUCAUUUACAACUUA